UUACCGUACGCUCGUUUCUCUCCCAUUCGUCUCGAUCUCAUUCUCUUCGUCCUUCACUUCUUCACAGACCACGACAUCUCAGCCCUGUAGCUGUGCCCUUGCACCUUAAUCUCCGGCCAAGUUCUCAACCCUAAAAGCUCAACGGUCGCGUGUCCGCCCAAUCAGCUGAAGAAAGGGCCAAAAAAAAAAAAUCCUGAGCGGCACGAUGCUCUCUUUCUUCUUGGGUUUCGCACAGAUUGGUGCAGAGACCAUUCCUGAAGGCAUCAAACCGAAUAAGAGACAGGCAGUGGGAACGGGAGGAACAUCAUCAACACCAGACGCAUCAUCGACACCCGCAAUCGCAUCCUCGACCUCGAACGCGCCGACCAUGUCUUCCAGCGAAGCUCCCGUCAGCACGCCUGCGGAAUCCUCUGCAGCACCAACAUCCGCAGCUCCCAGCACACCGAGCUCUUCCGCCGCAGUCGAAACCUCUGCAGCACCUUCUUCAUCACCCCCAGCAGAAGCUCCCUCUUCCAACACAGUCGCCAUCACAACCACCAACAGCGCCGGCUCGACCAUCACAAGCUCCAUCGUAACAAGCACCUCCCGCCCGCGAGACACCUCCUCCGCCAUCGUCGUCAUCGGCUCCACGACCAUCAACCGCUCCACUCUCUCCUCCGACCUGAUCGUCUCAUCCGCCCUCGUCGCCUCCACAACGGUACCCACAACAUACACAUCCUACUUCACCAACGAUGGUGUUGUCGGCAGCUCCGUCAUCGCCACGGAUCAAGUCGUAGCUACCACGACCGGGUUCACAAAACAGACCAUCGCCGCGGCGCUGCAGAACAACGAUUCCUCCAGCGGUGGCUUGUCAGCAUCGAGUAAGAAGACGAUUGGAGGAGUUGUAGGAGGUGUGGGAGGCGCGAUUCUACUCGGUGGAAUUGCGAUUGUGGCGUGGAGGAUUUGGGGUAAGAAGAAGAGGGAAGCGGCGGCGAAGAAUGAGUUCCGCAGUUCGCACGAUGAGAUGCUGCAGCAGGAUACGAGUGGCAUGGAGAGGUAUAACAAUCCCAAUGGAGGGGUGAAUACGGCGAGUAACUUUUAA